ACAUGCGUACUGUGUUCCAGACGUCGACUUUUCCGUACUGCCCUGGGAUUGAGAAGCCACACGAGACAUCGUCACCUACAAGCAGCAACUGAGGCUGGCCUGACAUGAACUUCAAUGCUCGGCCACGAGCAAAUGCCGAUGAUAACACGCGUCCUGAUCUCUGUGAAAGGGCUUAUUGGAGAGAAGCAUUCAAGACGGCAGCGUCCUGAAAACCCAGACCUGUCAAAGCGAAUUUGUCAACACUUCAGGCGGAUGCUGCUCCGACUGUGAUGUCCUGAUCCAGGGUUGAACCGGAGUCUCUCAGCACGUUACCAGCUACAGGAGCGCAAAUGUGAGGCUGCUACCAGUUGAACCACAGGGACAUCCCCACAAGCGGAAAAUGGGAACUUUACAUGGAUGAGAAAUAGAGCGUAUCCACUAGUUGGCACCACGUACAUCACGCCAACAGACCAGAGGCUUCUCUUCACAUCUCUUAUCCUGUGCCAAUGUGACUGAGGCUGUGGUGUGGUGUGCAGGGUUCUUCAUGCAUGUCCCGAGUGUACGGCUUCUAUCCUGAAAUACAACAUCAUUGGCAGACUGGAGGAAAGACACACACACAAGAGAGCGAUGACGCAGCUGUAUCCUACCUUUCUCACGGUCUGACUAGAGGGUCUGUCCAGUAACGUAUCUAGGCAGGUAAUGAAACUUGCCCAAGUCGGCUUUGUUGAAGGCAACAGUUCCACACCAUCCUGUAUGGGAUCCAGGCAUCAGCAAUGGCGAUGUUCAAGAAAAGGAUAUCCGAAGAGUCACCAGCUCCAGAGCCGCAGUGGUCCAGCGAGCAGAUCAAGACGUCCGCCUCCGUGAGACCAAAUCUUGGCGAGUUCGGUCGCAAACCCCAGGGAGGUUUCGCCGACGACGUCGUGACUACCUCCAUCCAUUGGGUAUCCUUCGAAGAUCUGCCGAACAAGGCUACUACAGACGUCGCUGUUGGAGAGAGCAAACUGAAGUGGCCCUCGUGGAAGAAAGGAUCGGCAAAGUUUUCAAAAGCACUUUCAUCGCCGACUUUGAGGGAUAGACCCGAACCUGACCUGACGGGUCGUAUUUCCUCAAUCUGUAGACCCUUGUCUGCAUACGGGAGUGUGAGGAAUAUGGACCGCAGCAUCGUGACUGCCACGGUAGGCUACCAGACGGACAAACCUUCUGUAGAGGGAACUGAACAUAUCAAUAGUAUAGAGGACCGUAUCACCUUUCACAACGAUAGCAUAGAUUCUGGACACGAAGGUAACUUUGAUGAAGAAGAUGAGGAGCACAAUAAUCAUCAGUUCAGCACCAAGCAAUGCUUCAGCACAGAAGACAAUGACAGCAAAUGUACGGAUGGGAGACGUCCGCAUCUUACACAACAAGUGCCAGAUGAGAUGAACCUUGAAGGCUUUCCUGACCAGCAAGCUGGUCUUGCUGUAGGUAUUGGUGAUCGCAACAAAGAUAAAGGAGACACAGAUGGGAUAAGCCCGACAAGGUCUACCGCCUCCAACAGCUCUUCAAGUCAGGGUAGUGAUUCUAGACGACAACCGAAGGGAGAAUGCAACAGCAUUUUACAUCACGGUAGCAGAAGCAAUGAGAAAUCAGGCAUAGAUCAGACAGUCGGCAGUGCUCAUACGAAAACUAACCCAAGCUGCAAGUCAAGUGAAGGUACAUCAUUCAAAGAAAUGCGACAAUACGACAGUUACUCCAAUGAAGAAAUGAAUAGCUGUGAAUCUAGAGAUUCCAUUCGGUCAAAAGAGGACUAUGCUCUCUUUGCACAAGAAGCUUCCAUACGAGAAGGAAAGAAGGAUACUGAAGCUGCUAUAUCUAGUCCUAAAGGCGGAGGUCUUGACCAACAAGCAUCAAGAUGCCAUGACGAAAGGCGUAGCUUAGAGGAUGAAGGAUAUUUAGCUGCGGAGCAUCUCUCACAAGAAGGUGCCGCGAAUGGUGACCAUGUGGGCAGACAUUCGAGAAUAACACAACAAGCAUGCUCUACAUCUGAUGGGGAAAAGUUUCUUCAAGAAAGGGCAUCUCUUGAAGAGAUACCUGGCGCCGAUCAGCCUAUGCACCCUUCUCCUCCGAUGGAGAAAGAGGCGGAAGAAGAAUCGGAGUAUUGUCAGUGUGCAUUUAAUGAGACUGACGACGACCACGAGGUCGAAGCUGCUGAAGCUGACAAUUCUUCGGACGAUGACACUGUGUCCAUUGAGCAUCGUACGGAAAGCCUGCAAAAGCGGGAAACAUCUUCUGUUCGCCAAAUGACAAACACUACAGAUGACGAUUCGUGUCCUAUUGUAGAAAGGGAAGACGCUACUUUUCAACACCGUACUCAAGAAAGGAUCGGCGACGAGAGAAGCCAGAAAUCUAGAAAUUCUAGUGAAGCAUUAAACGCAGAUCGUCAGGAACAAAUGUUCCCGAGCCAAAUGACAUCCCCCUCUACUUUCGGAUCCCCUCCGAGGUUGCUGUCAUCCGGCAAUCCUGCCAAACAGCCCAACUCCCCGCGCAGACGCGGUAGCCCGAGAAUAGACCAGAUCGCCGACAAGCUGCUGAAGAACGCGGUUGUUUUGGUCGAGAGGUUACCGAGGUCAAUCACAGACAAGGCGUCUCAAAAGGUGAAGGGCAGAGAUAGCCCCAAAAUUGAUACCCCCAAAGCUGAAUCUAUGGAUACCCCCAAAGCUGAAUCUAUGGAUACCACCAAAGCUGAAUCUAUGGACAUAGCCAAAGCUGAAUCUAUGCCUAUGGGAAACUCGACUAAUCAGGUGGUAGACAUUGCACCGACUUCAAGAGUCAGUGUCGCUUCUCGAAACAUAUCCGACGACUUGCCGACUGUUGCUGCUUGUUCCUCCAAGGAACUUCGGGAACCGCCAGCUGCACCGCCCAAGAAGAGGGACAUGAAGAAGCUACUACCGAAGCCUCCAGAGCCACAGCGUUAUACUGACGGGAUGUACCCAUAUGUUCCGAACGCUGCCGCCAUUCCCCUUUACCCCUCCGCCCAUGGUCCUGUAUCUCAACAGUCCAUGCCACCUCCGCCACCUAAUGGCCUGCAGUACCAAUAUGCCCCGCAUGGGGCUCAGUAUCCUCUGGGUUCGCUGCAACACUAUCACGACAACGGAGCACAUCAGAGGUUCUACGCCCCAUAUCCAGGGGUGCGUCCGAGAUAUCUUCCCCCUCCGAACGCCACGGCAGGUAUUCGUAACGCCACAUACCCUGACGCUCUGCAAACAUCUAGCAGCCAGCCUCUGCAACAGCCAAAUCCAUCGCUCGUGGUUCGCAUUAGAGAGGUGGGACCUGAAAGCAUGCUGGUUGCACAAAAUAGAGCCUUAGGCGGACAACAACAACAGCAGGACAACGUGGCACCCAUCUAUCAUCGCCAACAAGGUGCGAUGGGAAGUUCCACAGCAAUGCAUCAGCGACCAAGGAUCCCCUACCAUGCCAACGAAAGCAGCAGUUUACAAGAAUCACGCCAGGGGACCACGGCAUCACAAGCCCCCCUAGCGGCCGAGACCAGAAAGCCACCAUCCCUGAUUGACGCUGUCAUAGACGAGAUGUAUGAGCGUGACGAAUCGACGGUUGCCCAGGAAACAUCUGCUUGGAGAUUGGGCAAGUCGUCUGCCAAUAGAACAGAACGUCCUGUCGUGCCCGAGGUCUUCGUGAGUCCUCCAGCCAGGAGGUUGAAGGAAAACCGAGAAGUCAAAUCUGCAAUGAAUCUGGUGGAUAAGAUGAUAGAGGACGCUUAUUUUUCAUCAAAACCAGUGGAGCAAAACACGGACGUACCUCCGGAAAAAGAGGUUCGACCGUUCGGUCACUCCAGGUACUCGCCUCCCCUGACGGUGUCGAUGUCCGACAGUCGCCUGUCCGUCCACUCCACCCCACCGGCGCACCCGAAAGACUUCAUGAGUGCGCUUGUGGCCAGGGUCGUGGAUGAAGAGUACGCCAAAGAUGACAUCGUUGCUGCUGUCCCUGAAGGGUCUCUCCACGAUAGGCAACUGCAGGACAACGGCAGUCCGUAUCAUCCUAAUUUACCAGGACCAAUGGCAAAACCACAGGAGAGACCAACUGCCAAUCAGAAGCAUACGAACGAUAGAUGUAAGCUUACAGACACGCGAUCUGACAGCCAUUCUUCACCAGAGGGACACCACGGUCUGUCCAAUGCGGUUGAUGAAACUGUACAAGACGGUCAAGGUCGCGAAGUAAAAAGUAAUACGGACGCAGUAGAGAGUACUGCGAGUGACACCCAAGGCACAAAAGCAGACCAGGUGACCGCCAUUCCUAGUCCGAGAAACGUUAACUCAGAAAUCCCCAGUGAAAGCCUGCCAUUGGAAAAUCUACAUUCCAGCGACUCUAGUAUUACAGGAAGUGAGACACAGAGACCCGACUUAGAAGCGAUUUCGCCGCCCCACGUGGAUAACUACACGUAUGAAAAUGGCCACAGGUGCGUAGCAGGCCGCGCUGAGCCUGAAUCCGAGCCGUUAAUGCCCAGCCAGGAGAACCAGGACGGAAAGGAAUGUGCCGCAGCCCCUCACGUUACCAACAACGGGCUGUCCACCGAAGAGAAACCCCUUCUAGGAAACGACGCCUCACCUUGUGAGGAAGACGCUUCUAGUCCAAGUAAAACAGCCGGCGACUCCACUAGUAACGAACAGUCACUGAGGUCAUCUGACGAGGAAUCGUCAGCGGUAUCCAAAGACCUACCACGCGGCUCGACUGCAGAAGUCGACUCCAAAACCGCAGACCAAUUGUCGAGCCCGUGCACAGAGCUGGCCGAAGCCACGGAUCUCAUAGUGGAUGAAGAGACGGCUUCCAAUGACCGAGAUAACGCAGAUGAAGAUUUAGGAGAACGUAGUCGGUCGGGAAGCGAGGUCGAGGGUCUCGCUGCCGCACCUAAUGAGCAGACAGGAAGUGGAGAGGUCAGAGGUGAACCCACGUCGUCGGCACUCACAGACGAGCGAGAUAAAAGCGGGCCGAAACGAGCCGGCAAACUCAAGGGGAGGAAAAGAGUCGUGGAAGGAAGACAUAAGAAGUCUAUGACGAGGGUUAAGGAUAAGGCGGAGAGCUCUGCUGCCAGUGAAGCGAGGAUAGCUCACGAGUUCCCCCGUCACAACUGGUUGAUGAAGCACCUGAUGGCGGAGCAGCAGUUAGUGACGAAUCGGAAAGACCCUGAGCGGAAAUCCACAGACGGCGUAGAGAAGAACGAAGCUGAUCCCAACGAAGAUAGGGGCGAAGAAGAAGAAGAGCCAAGUGAAGUUGAAGGAAAAGACACGAUCAAAAGUAGAAGUAAACAUGGUACAAUAUCCCGAGAUUCGUCCAUGGAGAGCUGCACGUCCCUCGAUAGCCUCUCGUCCACUGGGAAACCUGAGGGAGAAGACGACAACGUCUUUCCAUGUCCAACCUCUCCGGACACCGUUGAGAAAAGUAUCCCGACGAGUCCUGACCAACAGGAGGUGUCUGAACCAAAAAGCCUGACAGUCGCUGAAAAUCUCACCGAGGAUUCUGCCAAUGCUGAUAACAGUAGAGGCAGCGGAGACGAGGGCCUACCUAUUACAGAGCGCGCGGCAAUAACGUCAACAACGGCAAGGCAUUCUCAAGAAGAGCCUCUCAACCUCAGCCUGAAAGCAGCGAGGUUCGUUGACUUUUACAACAGCGUUGGGUCCAAAAACGCUACAAAGGCACCGGAGGGUACUCAGAAGCAGGGCGAUGCAGCAGGUGCACCCGCUACUGCUGAGCAUGUCAAUCACGAUACAGAACAUCCUGCUGACGAUGGUGAGAACGAUAAACACACAAAAUCUCCCGGCGUGUCGCCACCAACGCUUCUACAAGACUCCGGUGUGAAGAAGGACCCGUCUGCCUCCCCUACGGCGGGGCGUACUUCCGUAGCACCGUCGCCGAAGCCAACCACUCAUUUCACAAGAGAGUCACGAUCGUCACACACGCCAAUCACCGUCACUGUGCACACCAAGGCGAAGACAAGCACCACGCGACACGCUUCGGACUCUAUCAGAUCAUCGUCAUCAUCGUCGUCAGAGAACAAGCCACCUCGGGAAGUUCCUCCCGCUAUGGGAAACGUGCAGGACAGACCAACAUCGCAAAACAGUCACUCAAUGUUUUCCUUUGAAGAUGUUCCGAAAGAUGAGAGAGCCACUCGUCAAGAUGGUCACCAAGGAAUAGGGCCCAAGCGGCCCGCCUCGCCGACUGUACGCUGCCCACCUAGGAAGAGAUCCACAGUAGACAGCGGCGUUGUCUGCGUCAGUCCGUACUCACCUGUAUCUCCAUCAGACAAGACGACCAACUCCUCUCCAGCAACAAUAACUACUACGAUUCACGAGGAAACACCAAAAAGGCGGACCAAGUCGGCGGCUUCCCUACCCGAGACAACAACAACAACAGCAACACAUCAUCAGUUCGCUGUGCCUUCUCAGCAAGCCGUCUUACCGUCCAAGAAAUCGGCCUCUCAGACUCUAAGAAGCUCUUCUUCGGGACAAGAAAGACCGUCCGUGAUCUCUGCAGUACCCGUGACCCCGCCUCUUCCACCCAGACCAGCGGCACCACCGCCACAGCCCAACGAUAUACCACACAGGGCAGACCAGAGCGUCACCGCUGCUUUACUGGCUCGCUUGGAAGUCAUGACCAAAAACAAAGUCAACAUCGAGAGGGAACUCGUCAACCAAGAACUGCUGUUAACAGAACUGCGCAAGAGGGUAGCAGAGGACAAGAGCGGGUUGUUGAGGAAGCAGUCUCAAGAGAAGGAGGCUCUGCUGUUUCACAUGAGAAUGACGUACCAGAAACUGUGUGAGGAUAUAGAUUACUUGAUGAGGUCAGGUCCCCCGAAGUUUGGUGAAGGUCUGAAGCCGCUUCAUGCAAUGGCACCGAAUUCUAAGGCACCCCACUCUACUGGGCAGCCCAGUCAGGCUAUCCCCAUCCAUCGGGCGCAGAGCGACAGCGCAAUCACCCUUCAAGCAGGCGGAAAGAUCGGUGGUGAAGCCAACAGAUGGCGGGAAACCACUGCGAGCGAACGCCGAAGUUCAGAUGGGGAGAGCUCGUCAGACGUUCAAAUCAUCGGGCAGAAGGGACCAACGAUAUCGAACUCAUUGCAAGACUUCCGCCACGUCAACCCACACAUUCCACCGUACCUGGAUCCUCGCUACGUGGCGGACGCACGGCAAGCAGCGCUCGUGUAUGGUAACGCCGGCGGACAGCAAUACUCACCAACCGUCAGCACGGCGGCAAAGAACCACAUGAGCCCGAGAUCCGGAGCCCCUCGGUUCGCUCCUUAUGCACAGACACAGAACGACCUGGCCGCCGCCACCGCUGCCGAGAGGCGCAGGCAGGCGCACAUGGACGUCAAACGUGCCAAACAGAUUCUAAACGAACACAAAUCCUUCGUGGAGAAAUACAGCAGGCCCGGGGAAGGCAAUAAUCCGCACAACGAGGUUCAGUUGAACGCACCACCGGCGAACACUGCGGUCCCGCAGGCGCCCGUGCAGGGAGCCGUGCAAACCAGCACCAUCCACCCCUAUCCUCACGGUGUUCCUAUCCACCAAGCUGUCACCAUGGCGCAGGUGAUGCCCAUCCUCCCUGGCGAUCCUUCCCUCGCUUCUCGGAGUGCGGCAGUAGCUCACAUGGUCGGCCCAGAUCAGCGGCCGCUGCCAGCGAUAGCACACCAAGGGAUGCACCCAUUUUACUACAUCAACCCAGGGAUGCCCAUCCCUGGAUACCAACAGCAACCCAUACCGGGACAGAGCCCCAGGGUGAUGAACCCCGUCACGCAACAGCUCUUAUCACCACCCGCUGGACAACAAAUUCCUACCUCAACGCCGAAUCAUCAACUCAACAACUUGCGCGGGGCACAUCGUCCACCCAAUAUCACCUCCACCGUCUCCGUUAACAGCAAAGAACCUCCUGCUGCUGCCCAACACCAUCCCGUCUUACUGCCAGGUAACCCCACUCCCGGGCAGAUGUGUCAUCACCACCACCAGCAACAGUACGGAUGGCCCGGUCAGUUAGUGCCCAAUAACGCUGAGAUGAACGCUGCGUACUUUGCUGCACAUGCCGCACAACAUGCUGCUAAGGUCCAGAGCAGGGCAGAGGCCGCUAUGAAGCGUGGUCAGUCGGUGAAAGAUCACCUCCAAAGACCCAACGUCGUCGCCUUACCGGAGAUGCAGCAGGCUGCGUAUCUGUCCAAGCACUUCAAACCCUUCGUCACCGCUCCAGACGGCAGUAUCCAUCCUGCAAAAACACAUCCAGCGCACCUGCAGCAAGCACGAAGCCAAGCCAAGGAGCACCCACGAGCCGUACAACAGACAGCCCUCGAAGCUGCUUAUCUACACGAUGUCCAGUUGUACCAUGCCAACAACCAAUCAGCUUCAGUCUUCCGAGGAAAUCCAAUGAUGAGGGGACCACCAAGCGUUGAGAACGGACAGGGCAGUCCGAGCACGAUGGGUCCUCCCAGAAGAGACAGCGGAGGGAUCGUCAGCAUAGCGGAUGACGAGUACCACAGCUGCGUGGUCUGCAACAAAGAGGCCACGUUUCUCUGCUCUGGCUGCAGGAAGGCCUGGUACUGUAGUCCAACUUGUCAGGUGCAAGCUUGGGAGAAGCACAGCGAAGACUGCCUGUGACAAAGGCUCUUGGGAAUUUCCACAAGAAAUGCUGUCAUGAGCGCAAGGAAUGCUGACGUCACAUCGACGAUAAAGGAAAGGCGUUUUGACCGGUUGUCCUGUGUGGUGUUCCUUGGAUGAGAGACUUGGCUGUUUUCUUUUAGCUCUAACGAUUGUUAUUGAGCAUAGAUGUUAACGUUUGUAGAGUCUUAAUUUGGAUCAGCAGAAUUGACAAAGUUAAACUUGACUUAUUACAGUUGGUCCUUAGAGCUAACGUGAGGAGUAUUUUGUCUCAGAACUCGUUCUUUUACCAAUGUAGCGUCUUCAUCUGCAGUUCGUAUUAUGGAUGACACGUUCAUGUCGGACCAACCGUCUUUUGGCAAAACAAUGACUUGGAUUCCUCAUCAGAAAAGAUUGGAGUUAUUGUUGUGUUCUUGUAUCGGCGGCCGCGCCAUUCUAUAUGCUAAAUUUUCGUAGGUUUUCACGUUUGUACAAUAGGGACUUGAGUAACUGAGCUGUAACUUGCCAAUGCCAUCUGUUUGCCAUUGAAUUUUUUUCCUGUUUUCUCUUGGCAGUGUGUUUAAAAUCUCGGGAGAAUUUGAACGCGAUUUGAAAUCUCGUGAGAAUAUGAACGUGAUUUGAAAUCUCACGAGAAUGUAAACGUGAUUUAAAAUCUCACGAGAAUGUAAACGUGAUUUAAAAUCUCACGAGAAGUGAUAUGCUCUGCUACUGCACUGAGAAAUCGCAGGCUACUUUGUAAACCCACGGGUGUUGCAAUUUUAUGACUGACGUACGGUACGAUAAAUCUUAUAUCUUAGCACCAUUAAUUGAUUGUUCUUAAUGUUAGAAAGAUUUUAUAGUUGUACUUGAUGUGUAAUUAUAUUAUGUAGUCAGGAACGUACUUUGAUAAAUAUUUUGAAGAUUUUCUUGCAUAGACGUUAGACUUAGAGGAAGUGAGCUCAAUGGUUUAACACAAGUUGACGUCAACUUGAUAUUAUAUCGUUUUUACGUGAUCUUGGCAAUACCGUCCAAGACGGAAGGCUUUUUGGUGAUGUGUGGUAGAUUUUCAUGAUGAAUUUGGUGCUUUUUACUGUUUGAGGCUUGUGUCUGUUGAAGAGGUGCCAUCUUUUGCAUAAGUGCAAGUAUUUUGUCAACGCCAUACAAAGGGAAUGCUCUACUAAGCCAGAGGAGCUUGACACAAUGAAAGCAUGAUAAAUACAACAUUUUGAUGCCAUAUUUUCUCAGGACUCAGGCAUUGUAGAUGUCAAAGAGUUUCAUGUCUUGAGACAGAUACUACGAGAGGGUUCUCAGAAAGAUGUGCCUUACACGCAAGCGUUGAUUGAUCUGACCUAUUGAUAAAAAAACAUCUUUAGCCCUGAAGAGCAAUGGCCUUUUUCAAACAUGUCCAGUUAUCGGAACCGCUUGAGACAUUUUGGCCGAAGUACUUUUUCAGACAUCUAUUGGGAAAGAAGUUAACCUUUCAUGAAAUAUUUCCACCCGUGUCGGGUUCCGUACCAAGCCCUUCAGACCGAGCGUAAGGAGGAAAUGUACCCGUUAAUAGGAGUUAAUAGUGUUUCAGUAAAGGUUAAUAACACACGAGGCAAAAGUCAUGAUUUUAAAGAACACUUGCAGAUAGAUGUAAUUAUGUUACAAUUUUGAAACCUUAUAUCCGUACACAAAAUAAAGCGCUUACCAGCCUAUAUUUUGUGUACGGAUAUUAGGUUUCAAAAUUGUAACAUAAUGUUGACUACCGUCACAGUCGAACUUACAUUCGUACAGAUAGAUGUGUAAAGGCUCGCUGUGACGGGUCGUGCAGUGUAAUAUAACCAGCUGCUGCCGCGCUGCAGCUGAGGCUGGUGUGUUAUGUCGAAGGGCGGUUAUACCGACUGUAUAGAUACAGAUACAGACAGGUGUUGAAUUUUACUGCGUGAUACGAAAGUGUGAUUCUUGCCUCUGUAAAGACGCGUUUUGAAAUGUAAAGAUUCUGCCAUAUCACCGUCCUGCCUUUCAAAACAGAUGAUGUUAUUUCGACCCCACGAGGCGUUUGUACGAGUUUAAAGGAUACUGAGUAGCUUUCUAUAUUUUUCAAUGCCAUGGUAUCUAAUACACAGGCAAUUAUGAUAGAAACUAUCAUCAAUAUUAAAGAUAACUUAUUUCAAUGUGUAAAAAAUGAAUAUGAGCAGUCAAUAUUUUGUGUAUGUUUAAAAGCUUUGUUAUACGAUGUUCGCUUGUAAGGCGUUUCUGUAAGUGGAUAUUUUAUUGGUACGUGAAUAAAACGUGCGUAUUUGAAUUGUU